AUGGCCCUGCGUGAGACGACGCUUUUCUUGAGUUUAUUUACUAUCUUCGCGUCACAACAGGAUUGGCCAUGCAUCCCCUCUCCUUGGAGCUGUCGGGGCUGGAUCGCAAGUCGGUUAAUGGGACAAGUCGGCAUGUUGUUGAAGAGCUCCACUCUUCCAGCGAGGAUUGUUGAAGGGGUUGAGCUGGCAGAGAACUACAGGGAGUUCAUCACUGACCAUGGUGGAUGUCUCGCUGCGCAAUGGACUAUGCAGCUUCUGUCGGUCGAGCUUGACAUUUCCCGUUCUCAAACAGGCGCCGACGGGACCCAAGCGCUGGGGGUUGAUGGCAUGAUGUCUCUGUUCGCUAUGUUUUUCCGUGGCGACACGGCCUGCGUGAUGCUUUUUGAUCAGCUUCUGUGGGGCACUGGUGCUGCUUGGCCUUCUGUGGCCGCUGCUGGCUGGAGCACCUUCGCCUUGCUCGGGAGGCUGUCCAAGGCUUUGCAGAUCUAUCUGGACAUGCAAGGCGAACCAUCAGGCGAAGCUUUGCAGGGCUUUCUAUUGACGGGGGAGAGGCGCAACAUCGCGGAGCGGCUGCCCAAGCUCCUCCAGAGCUCUCUUUCCAGCUUACGGGCCAUAAAUGUGUCUGCACCAUGGAAAGUUCGCGCAAGAGCUGCAGCGCAGGCAGAAGAUCUGUUGCGAGAAUGGUCGCGUGAAGCUCUCUACCAAGGAUUGCCACCUGUGCAGGUGGUGGCAUUGUUGUUGGUCGACAUUCGGUCAACAGAACUCUGGCAGCUACUGGACAGAAUGCUGUUGCCACACAGUGUGAGCCUUUGUAUGCCGAAGCUGUUUGGUUGGGCAUCGUUUGCUCAUCGUGGCCGCUGCACGGCAAGACAUUGUUCAAAAUUCUGGGACCUGGAUGAGGCCUAUGUUGCAAGCACUUCGAAUGCGAAUGCUGCUAACCAAAGCUCUGCCAGAGACUUGACUAUUUUCCAUGUUGGUCUGGACCGUGACUUCCUCAGCGACAGCAUCCGCAGCGAGUGUUUGGCAAGAUGUUCAAAGUCCGUAAUUCGCACUUUGAGACAUUUGUCAGGAGCGUUGGUGGGGUUUGUAGCAAAGACGCCCUUGACAUACGUGGAUGCAGGGGCAGCCAUGGGGGAGUGUAUGCUGUCGGCGGCGUUCAUGCUGCCGGAAGGUCGCUUAAGGGGUUUGGCAUUCGAGGCGCUGCCCACGUUUGUGAACCGAAUCAGGGAGACCCUGCAUAUCAAUGGUAUCACUGCUUCUGCGAGCCACAACGGCACGCACGUGGUGGUCAAGAAUGUGGCUUUGGGCUCUGCGCGUUCCAAGAUGCUAGGGUCAUUCUCCCACGCAGGCUUCGUAUCUGGGACCUUCGGGAUGACGACAUGGGGCCGUGUUUUUGUGAGAAGCUCUACCCUGGAUCAUGAAGUUGCCUCGCAUCUGGGUCGGAAGGAGACUAUUGAUCUACUGCACAUCUUCGUAAACUCCUGGGAGCCAGCCGUGCUCAAGGGCGCCAGGCAACUUCUACUGGAUCGCCGUGUGGGCUGUGUGCUUGUGCAAGUGUAUGACCGGGAGACAAUGUCGUCUAUCGUCAAGGGACUUCUCCGGACGGCUGGCUACACUGUGAAAAACCACAGUCUCACAUACGUGGCUGGUAGCCCUUCAGAUGCCCUCGCACUUUCAGAGGGGACACCAUGUGACCAGCGCUUCUUUCAGUGGUGGCUGCGUGGAAAGAAGUUGCCUUUCGCGAUGAUGUCCAGUCGGGCCCAAGCUCCCUCCCAAGCGUGCCCUGUCAGGUUGUUGAGGGCGAUGCCUACGGAGAGCCUUGGUGAAACCUUUUUCAAGUUACUGCUUUGGGAUGCUUUCUGUGGGGCCAGCAUGCUCCAUGCACCCCUAAGUCUAAAGCCUUGGCCCUAA